AUGCUGGAGCGAAUGUCCCGUCGCUCUCGCUCCCUGCUCUCCCUGACCUUGACCUCUCUGGCUCUGGCACUCUCCAUCCUGGCCCUCUGCACCUCUUACUGGUGUGAGGGCACCCACAAGGUGGUGAAGCCCCUCUGCCUGUCGCCCGUCAAAAUGAAGAACUGUGGUCAGAACAACAGCGAGCCUUACACCACAGAGAGUCCCACUCAGAACCCGUACAACCGCACCCUGUCUCCGGCCCGGAGGGACGAGCUGGCCCGGAUCAGACAGCGGCAGAUGGCUAACGCAGUUCAGUACAUAUGGGAGACAGGAGAAGACAAGUUUGCUUUCAGAUACUUCCACACUGGUUUCUGGGAGAGCUGCGAGACACACAACGAUGGGGAGAAAUGUCGAAGCUUUAUAGAUUUAACGCCUGGGGAAACACAAGGUGUGCUCUGGCUGUCAGUUAUUUCAGAGUUUACGUACAUCGGUCUGCUGGGGAUGGGCUUCUUACUGAUGUGGCUGGAAGUCUUGUGUUCCCAUAAAGAGAUGCACUCGCUAAAGAUCAAUGCCUAUGCAGCUAUCUGUACUGUGUUAUCAGGUCUUCUUGGGAUGGUGGCCCACAUGAUGUUCACCACCGUGUUCCAGAUGACAGUCAUCGUUGGCCCCAAAGACUGGAGGCCUCAGUCCUGGGACUAUGGCUGGUCUUUCGCUCUUGCCUGGGUGUCCUUCAGUUGCUGUAUGGGGGCCGCGGUGGUCACACUCAACUCUUACACGAAGACCAUCAUCGAGCUCCGCCGCAGACAGAGGCUCCGAUUGGAGGAAGCGAGAGCCGCCACUCAUGCUCCUUCCUACGACGAGGUCGUUCCCGGGGGCGGGCUGUACUCUGUCAGCGGCCUAUUGCAGUGUCCGGACGGCAUGAUUGACGUGGCGUGGGCCCCGAAUGGCAGCGUGGUGGGAAUGGGAAAUGGAGACGUACCAACACUGGUUUUAGUAGGAGGCUGCGGGCCAGAAGGGUGUGAAGACUGUGAGAGAGAGAUGGAUGAUGCUAUGGACCGAGUGGAUUCCCCUUGUUAGUGGAACUUUGAUUUCCAUCAAUUUAUAAGAGCCGAAAAACAAAAAAAAGGAAAGAGACUUUCA